AUGCAUCUCACAACAACCCUCGCCCUCCUGGCCCUCACGCUCCCAACAACCCUCUCCCACCCACACCUCCACAUCCACCGCAAAAGCGUCGACUACAGCAACCCCGCCCUCUACAAAGAUGUAGACUGGAGCAAAGUCUCCUACAGCGGCAGCAACCCAGCGCCCGCCCAAGCAGCCGCCGCGCCCGCCCAAGCAUCACCGCAGCAAAGCCAACCAGCAGCGCAAGCCGCCGCGCCCCAGACCGAGCAAAAGAGCACGCAGCAAGCUUCCACGAACACCGCUCCAGCGACCAGCACCGCUGCGGGCGGCUCGAAGCGCGGACUCGCGUAUAAUUGGGAGACGGCGAGUUUGGAUAUGUUUGAGCCGUAUGCUGGGAAGACGCUUUCGUGGGCUUGGAACUGGGACAGCACGCCCUUCCGGCUCCCCACAGGCUUCGCCUACGUCCCCUGCCUGCGCACCACGCACGCGGACGAAACCGCCCACUGGGCCGCCAACGCCGCUUCCGCCAUAAAAGCAGGCAGUACCUACAUCCUCGGCUUCAACGAACCUGAUAUCGCUGACCAGGCUAACCUCCCCCCGGGCGCCGCUGUCGAUGCGUGGAAUACGUACUUGCAGCCGCUUAAGUCUGGGAAUGUGCAGCUCGGCUCGCCGCAAGUGAGUAAUGGCGUCGGCACUAACCCUGCCACGGGGCAGGCUUAUGGGUUAGAUUGGCUCUCAUCUUUCCUGGGAAAAUGCUCCGGCUGCUCCAUCGAUUUCAUCAUCGUGCACUGGUACGGGUGCACGGACGGGUGUAGCGUCGACACCGACGUUUCCUCGUUCAAAGACUUUGUCGGGAAAGCGGUCGCGUUGGCCGCGGGGAAGAAGGUCUGGAUUACGGAGUUUGCGAGAGUCGCGGGCGCGAGUGGCGCGGAUGAUUUUAUGGCCAAGACCUUGCCGUGGUUGGAUGCCCAGGGUGGUGUCGAGAGGCCUGGAGCUGGGGGCACUGGCUGGCCUGAUGGAUAUGGGAUUGGAGUCUUUUUGAUGUUGGAAGAGAGUGUGGAUAUGUGA